AUGCUCAAAUUUCUAAUAAUUUUAAUCUGUCUAAUAAUCAACACCCAUUCCUGGACUUGGGAAGAUUAUCCAUCCCCUAGAGAAGCUACUUAUUUCAAAUGUGGUAUUCAGAACCGAACUUUUCUUUGUGAUCCAGAUGGGAUGCUAAAUGACCAACAGAGGAAGGAAAUUGUAGAAUUGGUUGAGGAUUUCAAGGAAAAAACGAAAAGACCAAAUUCAAAAUUUCCGUGUAUGAGAGAAGGUCUCAGACUUUUUGUGGCUUUAGCAAAAGACAAGAUUGGUCCUGAAGAUGGUUCCACUGGAUUAACCGUAUGUUUUAUAAUUUGUAGGUAACCGGAUUGUUAAUGUGGGCGUAAGAGCCAAGACCGGGAUUUUUCACUUUAUUGGGUGCUUUUUUUGGAACUUGACGGCUUUUGGGACUUACCGGCUUUUGGGACUUACCGGCUUUCUUUGAACUUUCCGGCUUUUUUGGAACUUACCGGGUUUUGGAACUUACCGGGUUUUGGAACUUACCG